AUGGACCCAGCACUUGAUGAUGCGUUCAGACAGCAUCAAGAUGGUCAAAUUGAUGUUGGUUUUCUCCAGAGAAUGAGAGUAUUUCUGAUAUGGAUGCUGCAGAAAUUCACGACUAAGGAGGGCUUGCUUGGAGACUAUAAUUACAGAUAUCUUUUCACUCCAUCGUAUCCUUUUCAGAAUUGGAUUUCUAGGAGAAGGGGAGUAUCUCCGUCAAAGGUGGAUCAGCCAUUCUUCCCCCUCAACGAGGACGUUCCCGUGGCUCUAGGUUUGCUGCUGGGCCUGCAGCAUGCUUUGUCUAUGUUAGCCGGUGUCAUUACACCGCCUAUGAUCAUUAGUGGUGCUGCCAAUUUUUCUACCGAAUUGACUCAGUAUCUGGUUUCUGCGUCGCUGAUAACAUCUGGACUGCUUUCGAUGGUCCAAAUCUCCAGGAUUCGUAUUCCAUGGACUUCCUACCACAUCGGGUCUGGUCUGCUGUCCGUGGUUGGUACGUCGUUUGCGGUCAUUGGGAUCGUUACCAAGUCAUUGCCCAUAAUGUACAAAUCUGGUUACUGUCCGUCUGCGAGCGACGGAACUCCGCUGGCUUGUCCCGAUGGUUACGGAGCUAUUCUUGGCACAGCAGCGUGUUGCGCCCUGCUAGAGAUUGCGCUGUCCUUCACGCCGCCGAAGAUUCUGCAAAAGGUGUUUCCAAAGAUCGUUACUGGGCCAGUAGUCUUGUGCAUCGCUGUUCCACUGAUCCAGAGCGGAUUCAAUGACUGGAUUGGCGGCGGUGGUUGCGUAGACAAGAUUUGCCCCUACGAAAACGGGCCCCAGGCGGCUCCAUGGGGAUCAGCCAAGUUCAUAGGAUUGGGUUUCUUAGUAUUCUUCACCAUCGUCAUGUGUGAAAAGUAUGGUCCACCGAUUAUGAAGUCUUGUGCCGUUAUUGUCGGUCUGAUUGUCGGGUGUAUCGUAGCUGCGGCCGCAGGCUACUUCGACCGUUCGAGCAUCGAUGCUGCUCCCGCCGUGACUUUCAUCUGGGUCCAUACUUUUAGACUGAGAGUUUAUGGACCGGCUGUACUACCGUCGUUGGUCAUGUUCAUCGUUCUGGCGCAGGAAGCUAUCGGUGACAUUACAGCUACCAGUGACGUCUCCCGCUUGGAUGUCGAAGGGCCGGAGUACGAGUCCAGGAUUCAGGGUGGUGUUCUCUCGGAUGGGCUUGGUGGUGUCAUCUCUGCGCUAUUUACAGUCACUCCCAUGUCGAUCUUUGCCCAGAAUAACGGGGUCAUUUCUUUAACCAAAUGUGCUAGUAGAGAGGUCGGCUACUGGUGCUGUUUCUUCAUGAUAAUCAUGGGGAUCUUUGCCAAGUUCGGUGCUGCUUUGGUCGCCAUACCAAAGCCGGUCCUGGGCGGCAUGACGAGUUUCCUGUUCACGACAGUGGCUGUUGCUGGUUUGCGGAUCAUUUCCUCGAUCCCAUUCACUAGAAGAGACAGGUUUGUUCUGACCGGUUCUCUUCUCUUCGGCUUUGGCGCCAUUCUCGUGCCCGACUGGUUUAGUCAUGUUUUCACAUACUCUGGGGACAAUCACGCCUUACAAGGCUUCUACGAUGCGAUAGUUCUUGUCAUGGAGUCAAGCUUCACCGUUUGCGGUCUUGUCGGUAUCAUUUUGAAUCUGCUCAUCCCGCAGGAACUCGACGAAGAGCUGAUCGAUGACAUUGAGCUUCAGCAAGAAAACCUGAGUGUCCUGGAUGGACGCGAACCCCUUCAGAUGAACCUAGCAGCAACUCUCAAAGGAAAAGAAGCCCAACUCGGCGCUGUGAGCGGCCCAAACGAAUCCAUGAGCAGUAGCGAAGCUCAUGAGAUGAAGGACACUGCCCAAUACAACGUAACCGCCGCCGGAUCAACCAAAUCGUGA